GUUACCGGUCUCGCCAUGGAGCGGAAAGGUGAGCGGUGGAGCGGCCUCCGCCACGAGGGGCAACGGCCGCCGGGGCGAGGCCCGGGUCACCUCCGGGAGCUUCGCGUAACCGCCGCCGUCCGGUCCCCGGGCGUGCGGCACCCCUCCACUGAGGUGGCGCCGCCCCUCACCCCCCUCUUCUGGGCUGCGGGUCCGCGCCCCUCAGCUCGGGCGUCCUUCCGCGCCGGCAGUCAUCGCCCCUUGUUCCCCGCCAGGCCGGCCCGCGACUUGGGGCAGCUCCGGGGCCCGGCCCUCGCCCGGCGAGGCCGACCGCUGCUCGCCAGCUCCCUGACCCGGCCCGAGCCCCCUCCGGCGCGCCCCGCCUGCGCGCUGCUUUGCGCCCCGUGGGCAGCCAGCCCCCCGAGCGGCCGCCCAGUAGACGCCGCGGCCCUCGGCCCAGAGCCGCCCCUCAGGCAGGCCCGGCGCCCGGGCCUCUCACCCCUGCUGGGUCUCCACCCUCACCUUGGUCGCCUCCUUUUCUCCCCAUUCGCCCUUCAUCCAUCCCUCUCUCCUGCAGUGCUUGCGCUCCAGGCCCGAAAGAAAAGGACCAAGGCCAAGAAGGACAAAGCCCAGAGGAAAUCUGAAACUCAGCCCCGAGGCUCUGCUCCGCACUCUGAGAGUGACCCGCCCGAGCAGGAAGAGGAGAUCCUGGGAUCUGAUGAUGAUGAGCAGGAAGAUCCCAAUGAUUACUGCAAAGGAGGUUAUCAUCUUGUGAAAAUUGGAGAUCUGUUCAAUGGGAGAUAUCAUGUGAUCCGAAAGUUGGGCUGGGGACACUUUUCAACUGUGUGGUUAUCAUGGGAUAUUCAGGGAAAGAAGUUCGUGGCGAUGAAAGUAGUUAAAAGUGCUGAACAUUAUACUGAAACUGCACUUGAUGAAAUCCGGUUGCUGAAAUCAGUUCGUAAUUCAGAUCCUGAUGAUCCAAACAGAGAAAUGGUUGUUCAACUACUAGAUGACUUUAAAAUAUCAGGAGUUAAUGGAACACAUAUCUGCAUGGUAUUUGAAGUUCUGGGGCAUCAUCUGCUCAAGUGGAUCAUCAAGUCCAAUUAUCAAGGGCUUCCUCUGCCUUGUGUCAAAAAAAUUAUUCAGCAAGUGUUACAGGGUCUGGAUUAUUUGCACACCAAGUGCCGUAUCAUCCACACUGACAUUAAACCAGAAAACAUCCUGUUGUCAGUGAAUGAACAAUACAUCCGGAGGCUGGCUGCAGAAGCAACAGAAUGGCAGCGCUCUGGAGCUCCUCCACCUUCUGGAUCUGCAGUCAGUACUGCACCCCAACCUAAGCCAGCUGACAAAAUGUCAAAGAAUAAGAAGAAGAAAUUGAAGAAGAAGCAGAAGCGCCAGGCAGAAUUACUAGAGAAGCGAAUGCAGGAGAUUGAGGAAAUGGAGAAAGAGUCGGGCCCCGGGCAAAAAAGACCAAACCAGCAAGAAGAAUCAGAGAGGCCUGUUGAAAGACCCUUGAAAGAGAACCCACCUAAUAAAAUGACCCAAGAAAAACUUGAAGAGUCACGUACCAUUCACCAGGAUCAGACACUUACAGGACGUGGUAUAGAGGGUGGUGCAGCAGAAAUUAAUUGCAAUGGCGUAAUUGAAAUCAUUAAUUAUACUGAGAACAGUAAUAAAGAAACGUUGAGGCUUAAAGAGGAUCUACGUAAUGCUAACGACUGUGAUAUCCAAAAUUUGAAGCAGGAACCUAGUUUACUAAGUUCCCAAAAUGGAGACAGCAGCACAUCUCAAGAAACAGACUCUUGUACACCUGUAACCUCUGAGGUGUCUGAUACCAUGAUGUGCCAGUCUUCAUCAAAUGUAGACCAGUCAUUCAGUGAACAGGACAUUAGCCAACUUCAAGAAAGCAUUCGGGCAGAGAUACCCUGUGAAGAUGAACAAGAGCAAGAACAUAAUGGACCACUAGACAACAAAGGAAAAUCCACUGCUGGAAAUUUUCUUGUUAACCCCCUUGAGCCAAAAAAUGCAGAAAAGCUCCAAGUGAAGAUCGCUGAUCUUGGAAAUGCCUGUUGGGUGCACAAACAUUUCACCGAAGAUAUUCAAACAAGGCAGUAUCGCUCCUUGGAAGUUUUGAUAGGAUCUGGCUAUAAUACCCCUGCCGACAUUUGGAGCACAGCAUGCAUGGCCUUUGAACUGGCCACAGGCGACUACUUAUUUGAACCUCAUUCAGGGGAAGAGUACACGCGAGAUGAAGAUCACAUUGCAUUGAUCAUAGAACUUCUGGGGAAGGUGCCUCGCAAGCUCAUUGUGGCAGGAAAAUAUUCCAAGGAAUUUUUCACCAAAAAAGGUGACCUGAAACACAUCACGAAGCUGAAACCCUGGGGCCUUUUUGAGGUUCUAGUGGAGAAGUAUGAGUGGUCUCAGGAAGAGGCAGCUGGCUUCACAGAUUUCUUACUGCCCAUGUUGGAGCUGAUCCCCGAGAAGAGGGCCACUGCCGCUGAUUGUCUCCGGCACCCUUGGCUCAACUCUUAAGCCCAGUCCAGCACCGCAGCAGAGAUCACAGGCUGGCCCUCCACCCCUCCCCUCCAAGCAUUUCCCCCUUCCUUUUUCAGGGUGAAGCUCUGCCUUCAAGGGUUUCUAGGGUGUUUUGUGUCUUUUGUUUAAUCCAACAUGUUCAUUUGGGUUUGCUUACUUGACCCUGUGGAGAUCCUCCCACAGCCAUUGGGCAUCCUAGGUGAAAUUGGCCUUGAUUGGGCUCUGCCAAAGACUAAUGGACUAAAAUGUGAAACAGCCUCAUACCCUGUACCCUUGUCUUUCCAUUAGGACAUCCUUUAAAUUAUAAGCAUCCUUUUAAAAAGAGCUAUGAAGAUGUAUGAGCUCAUCCUUUUAUUCACUGACUCUAAGAGUCAAAUAUUCUAGUGCAUAUCCUAUUGCCAGCAUAAGGAUGAGAAGGGGAAAGGGUGUUACUUCUGUGUACAGCAGAGACAUUAAACUUGCUGUAUCCAGGCUGCAUCAUCUUCCUGGAUUGUUUCUGUUGUUCUCUAUCUUCACAUUUUUUUCUGCGACUUUUAAGCUACUAUGUUUUUAAAUGAGCUGUAUAAACACCAAAUUUAGGUAACAUUUAUCACUGUUCAAAGCACUGUCAAAUUCCUUUCAUCCUUUAAUAACCCUUAGGUCCUCGAAUCUUCAGUCUGAUUUUUGAUGGAAACAAAACUGGAACCAUUGACUAGUAAUUUCUUCAGAACCACAUAUGUUCUGCAAACAGUCCUUCCCUGUGUCUUUUCUGUACCCUAAGAGCAGAAUUACUUUGAUUGGCUGUUUGCUUUUUGUUUUGUUUUUAACCCCUGGCUGGCACUUUACUCAUUGCACUUGAGUUUAUUGCCCCAUAAUUAAAGAAUUCAGGAUGACUCUAGGAAAGAGAACUAAGUUUCAGAGGUUUAUCCCAUCUGAGAAGAAACUAUCCUAGAGUUCUUGGUUUUUUUUUUUUUUACAAACAGUCCCCAGUUUUUAUUUAGGGCCUUUGCUUUACCUCAUCCAGAAUUCAGCCGUGAAGCAGUUUCCCCUUAUGGCUUUGCCCUUCUCAUUUUCUCAGAGGCUUCAGGUCUUAAACGAAAUCCUGGGAUACAAGAACCAAGGGGAGGGGGUGGGAUGGCACUUUUUUCAUUGUUGUUUAUUUUGAGGGUUGUGUUUGUUUUUAUUAUUUUUCUUUCUCGAUUGGUUUAAGAUUAGCCAUUCUCUGCUGCUAUUUCCUUGUAUAAUGUAAGUUUUAAAUUUUGAGAUGAUUGAAAUGUACUUGAGGCUUUUUUUUUUUUUAAUGAGAAAAGGCUUUGUGAAUCUUAUUUUAGAAUGAGCCUCUCCUAGACUUGCCCUAGACAUUACAUAUAUUCCUCGGGUCAUAUUGAAAAGCAAAAGAGGGGCAGGAUUGGGGGUCACAGCUGCUGCUUCUGCACGGACCAAGUGGGCCUUGGGGAUUCAGCAUUCUCCAGAAGUGGCUACAGGACUGAUUUACAGAAAGCCAAGGAGGUGCAACUCAAGGCUCCGCUAACAAAGCAGUGAUGAGACUGCUGGGUGGCCAACUUUCUGUACAGAAAAUUGGAAUCUAGGUUCUGUCAUUUACCAACAAAGGCAAAGGAAAAGUGGUGCAGUUACGCAUCCAUUUAACUCACAGACGUGUUACCCUGAGUAACCGGCCAGCCAAGUGGUGCAGUUACGCAUCCAUUUACUCACAAACGUACUGCCCUGAGUGAUGGGCCAGCCAGUGCAUCGGGUCCCUGACGGUAAUCCUGAAAUCAGACAUGUUCCUGUAGAAAGAAGUGUAAGUGAGGCUGUCUAUGCACCUAUCAAGAAUAAAGAAAAUAGAUUGUAUCAAACAACGGCAGGGAAAAUCCUUCAGCAGUCCUAAUCCACUUUUGGUUUUCAGCGAUAUAUACAUCUAAAGCAAUACCAGACUAGAACUGAAUUCUUUGCUACACUGUAAAGUCACAAUUGUGGAAUGAUAGGAAUUCUGGUGAUGACAUUAAGGUGAACUAAGCAAAACAUACACAAAUAGAAGGCCCUGUUUUAACAACUAACAUGAAGAGAAAUGUAAUGAGAGAACCUGUAACUGCAUCUUGGAAAUGUUUUCCCACCAAAUAAGGGCUUUUCCCCCAUCUCUUAAGGAGCCAAAUGAAUUCAAAGCCGUAGAAAGAGGCAGCUGUAGAAUUUGAUCUUCCAAGUAUCCCAUGUACCUUUAUUGAACUUACUGUCAAAUUGCCAGGAUCUCACUAAAGGAUUUCUAUUUGCUCUCAGUAAAAAAUAAAACCCCAAACACAUUUUUAUUCUUUCUACUGGGUGCAUUGUCUGUUUUCUUUGUAAAUGCAGUACAAUAAAAUUAUUUAAUAACCUA